CCAAUCCCAAAACCCUUAAAACCCUACCUCGCAAUGCUUCCCUUCUUCCCCCUCUUAUCCCUUCUUCUCAUCUCCCUACCCCCACCCACCUUCUCUCAAUACCCUCCAUCAAUACUAACCAUCGUCAACAACUGUCCCUUCACCAUCUGUCCAGCCAUCGCCCCCAACUCCGGCCACGACGUCCUCGAACACGGCGGCUUCUGCCUCCCCACCCUCUCCCACCGCUCCUUUCCCGCCCCAACUCACCACUGGUCCGGCCGCAUCUGGGGUCGCACUGGCUGCACCCACACAGGCACCCAUUUCUCCUGCGCCACUGGCGACUGCGGCAACCGCCUCGAAUGCUCCGGCUUCACCGGCGCCACCCCCGCUACCCUCGCCCAACUCACACUCCACCACGGCGGCCACCGCGACCUCGUUUCCUACGCCGUCAGCCUCGUCGACGGCUUCAACCUCCCCAUGACCGUGACCCCUCACGAAGGCCGUGGUCUUUGUCCCGUUGUCGGUUGCCGUGAGGAUCUACUCUCCACUUGCCCGCCGGAGCUGCAGGUUAGGUUUCCGGCCGGAGGGUCUGUGGUUGGGUGUAAAAGCGGGUGCGCCGCCUACGGAACGGAUGAGUUGUGCUGCCGGAACAUGUAUAACAGCCCAAAAACUUGUCGGGCUUCAACCUACUCGGAGUUUUUUAAGCAUCAUUGCCCGGCGACGUUCACUUAUGCUCAUGACAGCCCGUCUCUCACGCAUGAUUGUGAGGGACCAAAGGAGCUGAAGGUUAUAUUCUGCCAUUAAUGGCGAUGGCUUUCAAGCCAAAGCUUCUUCUUCUACGUGUUGUUUGUGGCGUGGUUUGUUUUGUUGGUGUGUUUGUGUUGUGGGUUUAAUAAAAUGUGGUUUCUUGUAGGAUUAGGAAGCUUUGUAGCAGAAAUUUUGGCUUGUUUACCAAGUUUUAUUAUUAUUGU